UCUGCUAGAGCUGAGCAAUCAUCCUUUGGAAGGCAGGUCUGAAGUUAACCAAGAUGCCUGUGAAAAUGACAGCAGCCCUGCUCCUGCUCCUGCUCCAGCUGAGUGGCUUCUUUGGAUCUGGGACUGGUGGGAAGGUGCUGGUGUGGCCAAUGGAGUUCAGCCAUUGGCUCAACUUAAAGACAAUCCUAGACGAGCUUCUGAAAAAGGGUCAUGAAGUGAUGGUUCUGAGACCUUCAGCAUCCUUAUCUUAUGAGGUUGACAACACAUCUGCUAUUGAAUUUGAGACUUAUCCUACAUCAUACUCCUUAUCUGAGUUAGAGGAAAUUUUCUGGGAAUCACUCAGAAAAUAUAUUUAUGAGCUGCCAAAGCAGUCAUUUUGGGGAUAUUUCUUAAUGUUCCAAGAAAUGAUUUGGGUAGAUACAAAAUAUUUUGAAAGUCUCUGUAAAGAUGUAGUUUUUAACAAAGAACUCAUGACAAAGCUACAAAAAUCAAGGUUUGAUGUGAUCCUGGCAGAUCCCUUCAUACCCUGUGGUGAUCUGCUGGCUGAGGUUCUCAAGAUCCCCCUUGUGUACAGUCUCCGCUUCUUUCCUGGCUCCACUUAUGAGAAGUACAGUGGUGGACUCCCACUGCCUCCUUCCUAUGUGCCUGUUGUUAUGUCAGAAUUGAGUGAUAGAAUGACUUUCAUGGAGAGGGUGAGAAAUGUCAUCUAUAUGCUGUGUUUUGACUUUUGGUUCCAAUCAUUUAAUGAGAAGAACUGGAAUCAGCUUUAUACUGAAGUAUUAGGAAGACCCACAACACUCUCAGAGACUAUGGCAAAAGCAGACAUAUGGCUCAUUAGAACCUACUGGGAUUUGGAAUUUCCUCAUCCUGUCUUACCAAAUUUUGAUUUUGUUGGUGGCCUCCACUGCAGACCUGCCAAGCCCCUUCCUAAGGACAUAGAAGACUUUGUCCAGUCAUCUGGAGAACAUGGUGUUGUGGUGUUUUCCCUGGGGUCCAUGGUAGGUAGCCUAACCGAAGAAAGGGCCAAUGUGAUUGCAGCAGGCCUUGCCCAGAUUCCACAGAAGGUUCUGUGGAGAUUUGAAGGCAAGAAGCCAGAGACAUUGGGCUCCAACACUCGUCUGUACAAAUGGAUCCCCCAGAAUGACCUUCUAGGCCAUCCCAAAACCAGAGUGUUUGUGACUCAUGGUGGCACCAAUGGCAUCUAUGAGGCGAUCUACCAUGGGAUUCCAGUGGUUGGCAUUCCUUUGUUUGGAGACCAAUAUGACAAUAUUGUUCACUUGAAGGCCAAAGGAGCAGCUGUUAGACUGGACUUUCUCACAAUGUCUAGUACAGAUUUGCACACUGCACUGAAGACAGUCACUAAUGACCCUUCCUAUAAGGAGAAUGCCAUGCGGUUAUCAAGAAUUCACCAUGAUCAGCCAGUGAAGCCCCUGGACAGAGCAGUCUUCUGGAUUGAGUUUGUCAUGCGUCACAAAGGAGCCAAGCAUCUUCGUGUGGCAGCUCAUGACCUCAGCUGGGUCCAAUACCACUCUCUGGAUGUGCUUGGGUUCCUGCUGGCCUGUGUGCUGACUGUGAUGUUCAUCCUCAAAAAGUGUUGCCUCUUUUGUUACCAGAAGUUGACUAAAGCUGGAAGGAAGAAGAAAGGGGAGUAGCUGAACUAAGGAAGACUGACACAUGGACCUUUCCAGUGCAUCACAGUAAGGGAGGCAAUGAUGGUAGGGUCCUUCAUCCUAUUACAAGAUAGUUUUUCAAUAAUUACUUAUCAAGUCAGAAGAUAGUUUUUUCUGAGAGAUUUAAUAAUUUUUUUUCAGCCAAAGAUAAAAUUGAAAGGGAAACACAGUAAAAAUUAACACCAUCAACAUGAAACAGAAACAACAGAAAUUUUACAAAUUCAUUUCUGCAACAUAAAAGUUAAACCAAAGAAUGUUACAGCUGAAGAGCUAGCUCCAUGGUCUAACCAUUUAUCAGGCAUGACUUGAUUUUUGAGGAACUCAUAAAAAAAUCCAUACCCAGUAGCAUCUAUAACUCUAGUAUGAGAAAACCAAGAGAUAUGAAACAGAGCCAGGAGAAUUACCUGAAGCGCUCAGGCCAACUAGCCUGGUCUUCAGCAAGAAAUAGCCUGCCUCAUAGAAUGUGGAAGGGAAACUAACACUGAAAGCUGUGCUUUGACAUCUGAACAUUUGUGCCAUGGCAUAGGUAAGACCCACUCACAAAUUCAUAAGCAUAAGGAUAUAAUUAUACACAUGUGUGCAGGCUUUAUAUAAACACACACACAUAGACAACACACCACUUAUAACUCAUAUUUUGUUUGUGGAUAUAUCAUGAGUAAGAAGUCCACAAUUUCUACAUGGUUUUGCAAGUAUUGAGCAAGCUUUAACUUUAUUUAUUGCAGACUUUACAGGAUGAAUAUCUAGGUAACAUGUUCAGGAUUGAAGCAGUCUGAAACAUGUAACCCUACAUUUGUCUUUAGAACACUUGUACUGUGAUGCAGUAAGCCUCUGAAUGACCUCUUCCUUAAAGGACCUACCAAGAUUGAACUUGGGGUUGGGGAGAUGGCUCAGCAGUUACUAACUAGCUCUUCUUCUAGAGAACCCAUAUUCCAUUCCUAUCACCCAUAUGGUGAUGAUUCAGGACCAGUAGUAACUCAAGUGUUACUAUGGGAUCUUUCAUCUUCUGGCCUCUCUUGGUACUGCAGAGACACAUGCAAAGGAAGCUCACAUACACAUAAAAUAAAAUUUAGGAUUAAAGACAAUUUUUCGUUUCAUGAAAUGAAUUCUAUUUCCAUUCAACCCUUGGCAAAAAAAUAAUGAAAUUCCUUCCUUUUUAUAAUUAGCCUUUGGGAACAGAUGUAAUAUUUUAAUUUAUGGCUUGAUAACACAGAAUAAAGACUCUAAAUAAGUUAUUCUCACACAAGUGCAGGAUGUGUGUAUGUGUGUGAUGCAUGUCCCUUUUUAUGAAACAGAAUGUAUUUUACCUAUGCCCUUUAUAUUUAUGCUGUGACUUCAAUAUUUCUAUAAGAAAUAAAUGUUUUGAAAUUAUAA